UGGACGUAGGGCAAGAAGUCCCACUGCCCGUUGGUCUUGGUCCACCAGUUUAUGGUGUUCUCAAGCGUUACACUCUGAACAACUGUUGCGCGAAUUUGUCAUGCUAAACUGCCUUGCGUCGGUAGAUGAUCAAGCUGCUUCGCAUGACAAAUCUCCGAAGGGCUAGACAGCAUCUAAAUCUUCCGUGCCAAAUCUGUGAUGCAAAAGCAGCAAGCUUGUGCCUUUGACUGUUGCGGCUCUUGCGUCACAAAUUCAUGUAACAGUUGAGAGUAUAACGUUUGAGAACGCCAUACAUUUCCCCGAGAAAAUGCGUUAUCCUGAGUAAAAACGUACCCACACCAGAGUUGUAAUGCAGAUUUGCAAAGACGCGAAGACUUGUAAUGCGCAUCCCCAUGAGAGCCAUUUCCAAUCGUGUUUUGGAAUUUGUGAUGCUGUGAACAGGAUGAGCAGACGAAUCUGUGAUGUGGCUGCACUUGCUAACCUGCACUACACUGCGUAGCGCAACUUGUCAUGCGUGACUCACAAAGCUCCUAGGUUUGUGUUGCAAAAUCCUCAUCCUGACUCUGGUGUGGGUACGUUUUUACUCAGGAUAUAAAUUCUCUUCCAAAAGAAAACCGUCCAAGCAGGAAGAACAUUCGAAGAUUUGCGCGAGAAUAUGAUGAGAGUUACGUAUUUAGAUUUAGAUUUUGACUCCCUUAUAUAUAUUUUUUUCGCUGAACAGUACAUAAUUUAAUUCGAUCAGCACACGACCACCAGCACCACCAGCCCAAGAACACGGGGACAAGGGGUGCAUUUUAUCAUCGUCCAUGAUGCGUAUCAAUCUCGCAUAACAUACACACAGCACUGCGUUUUGUUUGCAUCGCGAAUAUCUUUUAAAGACAAGGAGCGGACACUAUGACAGACUUGGUCUCUUUUACUUAUUUGCGCCAGCUCAUGUUGCACGGAGAGCAAGUAAAUGCGUGUGAGAUCACGAUGAGCAAAAGCGUAUACUACAGCAUAUCUAUGGGAAGAUUGUGAAGCGCUAGACUGUCAGCUGUCACAUGAAGAUAUAUUUGGCAUUGAAAAUGAAGAUUGGCAUCGAGAUCUACGCGAUCGAGCUCCUGCUUCGCAUGACAAGUUCUCGACCACUCACCAAAUCCACAUAGCAUAAGAGAAUCUGCGCCUAAGCUGUAACGCAAGAUGCGCAAGCCCCCGCGCCGCCUUUCACUUUUGCUAUUCUUACAUCACAAACUCAUGCGACAGCUGACAGCGUAUCAACGCUUGUGAACUAUACUUCAUACAGCACUAUACAUUUAUCCGGAUCAUCUCCCAGACCAGAGGUGGACG